UGUCGUUGGGUCUUUCUUUUUACCCAUUGGACUAAAUGGCUACCGCGGCGUCUCUUUCCCUGAAACCGCCGGCGAGAUUCUUAUGCGGCGGAGAGCGUCGAAAGAGAACCGCGGAUGGAUUCUCAGUCGCACGAGCUUCUCAAGGAAACACUUUUCAUGAGAGCAUGGUUCGCCUCUCUGCCUCGACUGUGCUUAUCCUCGGCUUAAGCCUCCGCGUCUGCUCUCCUGCCUCCUCCGCUAGAAUACCUCCACCAGUAAUCUCAGUUACACAGAACGAAAUGGUUGAAGAUGAAGAGAGAAGAUUGGAAUCAGAGUUCGAAGCUUACAAGGCUAAAGUCUACUCUCUGACCGUACCGUUAAAACUCGCUGCCUUGCGUGGUUCGGUUCCACCUUCAUGGAUCAAGGAGUUCAUGAGCUCACAAGGGAAGAGAGUGAGGUUAAAGACGAGGUUCUUGGCAAAUCUUGAAGACAUUUUCUUGAAUCUAUCAAAGCCAACUAGUAAAGGGAAGAAAGAGUCUGCUGCUGAUAUGAUCAGCCUUGGUGAUUCUUGGCUUAGUUUUGCAAUUAAGGAGAAGCUUAUUGAGCCAAUGAAGGGUGUUGAAGUUCAAGACUGGUAUAAAGGCUUGAGUGAUAAAUGGAAGGUUUAUCUCCGCAGGAACUAUGCUGGAGAACAAGCUCCUGACGGUGAAACGUGGGCUGUUCCAUACCGAUGGGGCAGCAUGGUAAUAGCAUACAAGAAGAGCAAGUUUCAGCAGUAUAAACUGCCUCCAAUACAGGACUGGGAGGAUCUGUGGCGACCCGAGCUUGCAGGGAGGAUCUCAAUGGUGAAUUCUCCUAGAGAGGUUGUUGGUGCUGUUCUCAAAUCCAUGGGAGCAUCAUACAACACCACCGACCUGGAUUCACAAGUUACUGGUGGAAAAAUCGCUGUGGAGACAAAUCUUGCAUCGCUUAUGAAACAGAUUAGACUGUUUGACAGUACCAACUACUUAAAAGCUUUCAAUGUGGGAGAUGUCUGGGUCACCGUUGGUUGGAGCAGCGAUGUUAUCCCUGUCGCCAAACGUAUGUCUAAUGUUACAGUGAUUGUUCCCAAGUCCGGUGCCACCUUAUGGGCUGAUCUAUGGGCAAUCCCAGCUAUAUCUGACUCUGGUAAAGAAGCUGAAGCGCUAGGAGGACGAGUCCGAGGCCCAUCUCCAUUAAUCCACCAGUGGAUAGAGUUCUGCUUGCAACCAGCAAGAUCAUUGCCCUUCACAAGGGAAGUGAUCCCUGGUGCGUCUCCUUCAGCUAUUGAGGGUUCCCUGGUUAGAGAACCCGAAGAAACAAAGAAGAGCAGAGCAAAACUGGACACGAACCUCGUCUCGGGUGUUCCUCCUCCAGAGAUCUUGUCUAAGUGUGAGUUCUUGGAACCUUUACCAGAGGCUACGCUAUUGGAAUACCAGCUUCUGAUCGAUACUGUAAGGAAACAAAGAGAAGGACAUGGCCUUAAGGAGAAACUUGAGGACAUUUUUUCAAGUUUUAGGACAAAGUUUCACUCUCAGAUGAAGAAAAACACUUGAGAGACUUGUCAACAAAAAUGUGGAUACCGAAUCAUUUGUAUGAUUUACAUAGAGCAACUUCAUUUGGAAAACGAGGUCCCAUACCAUGUAACUCGGUCAAUGUCUUAUUUUUUUAUUUAUAAUUUAGAUCAUUCUUCUGUGUC